GAAUUAAACAAGUUGUUUUAUCUACUGACUGAGACGUUGUUGUGUGUCGUCGGCUUACAUGAUCAGACAGCUAGUAGUAAAAAGUCCGUUGCAGAAAGGGUUCAUAACAAAAUCGUUAAACUGGUUUCAUCCUCUGACAGCAUUCUGUCAAUACCAACCUUUGAUCAGAAAACAACUGAGGAAUAUCAUGCAAAGGUUGAAGAAAUGAAUAUACUGAUGAAAACACAUAAAUAUAUAUACAAAGAACUACAAAGACAACAGGAGAUCUGUUGGACUGCUGACCGUAAAGUAGAGAAAUACGAAUUAUGCUUGAAAACGGCCGAGUUGUCAAGAUAUUUCAAUUCGAACAAACUAUCAAGAUCAAAACUGAAAGCCAAAGAUGACAGCAUUGAAUAUUUGCAGACUACACUAACUGAUAAAAAAGAGAAAGCAGCGGAAACAGCCAAGAGAUACUCAAUUUUGAUGACAAAAGAGCAAACUACAAGAAAUGCUUUGAGAUUGCUCGAAAGGGAACUAUUGGAUGAUAUACAAUUCAACUUGGUAGAGCGUUUACAGAGCGGACUAGUGUGUCUGAAAUACAUCUUAGCAACACAAACGAACAAAUUCUAUGAACUACUUCCACACAUUGACAAUUUUGACUGCCGAUUGGCUGCAGAAUCAAUAAUAGAUAAACUUAGCUCCAAAUACCAGUUCAGUUCACCACAGGAAUUUCGAAAUGCAAACAGAUUCAAAACCAAACUACCAGAGAUACAAUUUGUCAGUCACAAAAGAGCUCAACAUAUAAUGAAGGAAGAACCAUCUGUUACAACCAAAGAACAACGCAAUAAUAAUAACGUCAGUUGCCAAGACAACCAGUUCAAUUUUUUAAUCAACACUUAUGUGAAUACAAAAGACUUAUCAGAGAAAACAAACAAAUGCUGUGUCAAAAUUACAGAAGGGAUGGUCGUAAAGUUGAAGGUCGCCACAGACGAGUCGGACGUUGCCUUCGGGUGGUAUAAGACAAACCCAUGGAAUCAAAAGAGAUGGGGAUUCUUUUGGAAAUCCUCUUAAAUCACGAAGUGAAAAUAAACUUUGAUUAGAUGUUGACUUUAUUAUGGAUGGAUUAAAACAACACGUGCUUCAUUGUUGAUAUGUAGGCGUAUAUGUGUGUGGGUGUGUGUGAUAUAUAGAGUGAGAGUAUACUUGUCCCUGUGAGACAUCAUGGACAUUGAGGACAUAUUUUUGUUUUGAGUGUGCGAGAAUAUGUCUGUGUGAGAAGUGUGAGAAUAUGCGUCGGUGGACUGAUCGACAGACUGUGGCUUGAUUUUUUGUAUCUGUAUGAGUAUGAGUGUUUAUUGAGGAGAAAGGUAGAGAGAGGUGACAUCUGUGAGUUGAAUGUA